AUGCCAGAUUGCGUUAUAACUUAUGGUACGAUCUCAGUCCACAGCCCACAAACCACUGCAGUGAAAGCGCAAGCGCAAUCCCCCAAAACACCUCCAAAACACCACCAAAACCUACAACCAACAAACACCCCUAUCCCCAUCCCCAUCGCCAAACCCAAGCACGAACAUCACAUAUCAUCCAUCUUCAUCAUAAUUAUCAAAGCCAAGACCCCUCCAAACCCCUCUAACUCGUCCAAGCAAGAACCACACGCACGUCUCGUCAAGAAAUCAAGAAAGAUCAAGAACCACCACAUAGCAUUACCCUGA